CUCCUGGCCGGAAACUGCGGCCCUGCUGGAUGGAAAACCCGGCCUGGAUGUAGAAGGCCUCAUUGGGAGCCUUCCUCUCGAGGACGCCUGAAGGGAAAGAGGGAGAAGACCGGAAGCCACCUCGGAAUUUGGAGAGAGCAGGAAGGCGCCCCUCGUGAAGGAGGCGGAGGCAGAGAAGGCCCGCGACGAGGAGAGAGAGAGAGGAGAGAGGCUUUGUUCCGCGCGGGGAUGCCCGGCUUCUUCCACAGGCGCUGGUUCUCCCUCAGGGCGGCGAACAAUGGCAGAGGAAUAGCAGGAACCCCGUCCCUCGCCUUCGGGAUUUGCCGCCUUCGUCCGGCGAUGCUUUCGGUCUGAAGGAGGAGGAGAGGACGGGCAAGUCUGAGGAGGCCCUGAUGCCCACAAACCUGGUAAAACAGGUUAUUUUGGCAAUCUGGAGAAUCAACAGAAAAUGCAAAACAGUGAAGUAAUAAAGCCUGCCAAAUACUUCUCUGAAGUGGAGAAGAGUGUGCUACUGGCACUGGUUGAGAAAUAUAAAUAUGUACUUGAAUGUAAAAAAAGUGAUGCAAGAACUAUUGCAUUGAAACAACGGACCUGGCAGGCACUUGCUCAUGAAUAUAAUUCUCAACCAAGUGUUUCUCUCAGAGACUUCAAGCAGUUGAAGAAAUGCUGGGAGAACAUCAAAGCACGGACAAAGAAAAUAAUGGCACAUGAAAGACGAGACAAGGUAAAAAGAUGUAUUAGUCCACUUAUAAGUAAUCACAUCUUAGGAAAAGAGAAGAUCACCAGCAUGGUGCCUGAGCAAGUGUACUUUUUACAGAACACACCAGAAGAAGAUUCUGAAUAUCAUCCUGAAGCUUCUAGCCAAGAGCCUUUCACUGUUAUAAACAGAGAACUGUGCGAUGAAGAGAAAGAACUUGUACAUUUCCAGGUAUGUGAAGGUACCUCACAACCAGAGCCCUCCUGUUCAGCUGUGAGAAUAACUGCAAAUAAAAACUUCCGCAGUAAAGGUGUCCAAGAAAGUGAUCUGAAAAAGAUGCAUGAGGAAGAGCAUCACCAGCAAAUGUCUAUUUUGCAAUUGCAGCUGAUCCAGAUGAACGAAGUGCAUGUGGCAAAGAUCCAGCAAAUAGAAAGAGAAUGCGAAAUGGCUGAAGAGGAACACAGAAUCAAGAUGGAGGUGCUCAACAAAAAAAAGAUGUACUGGGAGAGGAAACUUCAAACUGUUGCUAAAGAGUGGCCUGUAUCAUCUUUUAAUAGACCAUUCCCCAAUUCACCUUGAAAGAAUUCAGAAGCCAGCAGUCAAUUGAGUUCAUGUUACUGGCUUAUGAGCAGGCAGUUGAAGUGGGGUCAAUUAAGCUAAAUCAAUAUUUUAGUGUGUGAAAAUAGCUGCGAAUAAACAUUGGAAAAUACGUAAGUAAAUAAUGUGCUGUCUAUUGUCUGAAAACAUUGAGUAGUUACAAUUAGAGUAGACCGGUUGAAUCAGUUGUUAAAUGGUGGAUCAACUGAAUCUAACUUUUUCAGUAGGUCUACUCUAGUUAGAACUAACAGGAUUUAGCCCAUGGUCUUGGGAACGCAAAGGGUAUUUCACCUCGUUAUGGGAUGUUCUGAUUCAUAUAGUGAUCCUCAAUCAAAGUCAUUUGGUCUUCCUCUGGAAUCCAAUUUUGUUCUUGAACAUUAGUUUUAUCAGAUAAACAGUUGGGUGUUUUA